CCAAAACAUUAAAACUAAGAAGAAAUCCUUCUCUUUCAUCUCCUCUUCUUUCCCCCAACAAAAUCUCCCCUUUUUGUCUCUUCUCAUCCUUUUUUUUUCUUUCAAAAAUCCCCAAUUCCACUAUGAUUAAAAGCCAAUAUUUUCCAUCUGCAAGGAUGCGGUUUUUUAAUCAAAUGGUAACAAUUUGUAUUUGAUUAUGUCAUUUUUUGCUUGUAUGUAUUUGUUUUCGAUCUAUUAGAUGUAUUUGUUGUGUUGAAUAUUGCACAGAAAUUAGGUUUAAGAUCUGAUUCAUUUAUCGGGAUUAGUUUGAUUGGAUUUUCAUUUUCAAUCUAGGGUUAGGGUUAGUGUUUGGAUUUUUUCCGGGGUGGAAAAGAUUGAGUGAAUUUUCAAGAUGCUGAAUAAAUUUAUGAAACGAGGGAACAAAAAAGGUUCGAAAUCAGAUGAUUUAGCCUUUCCUCCUGCUAAUCGAGGAUCUGGGAUUGUUGCUUCUUCAAAUGUUGUUGUUAAUCACGCUUCAAGAGUUGGUGUUCCGGGUUCAUCCGGCCCAACCGCUACACCACAAGGCGUAGGCGGGGCAGCCAUUGUAGCUCCCCCGCCUACGGGCUCAGUCGAGGCUCUUCCUCUGUUCAAAGAUGUUCCAGCUGCGGAACGACAAAAUCUGUUCAUGAGAAAGCUACAAAUUUGCUCAUUCCAAUUUGAUUUCAUUGAUACAUUGAAAUCAGUUAGGGAAAAAGAAAUCAAACGACAGACAUUAAUGGAACUUAUUGAGUUUAUCCAAUCUGGGUCCGGAAAAAUCCAUGAAACUGUUCAAGAAGAAAUGAUUAAGAUGGUUUCUAUAAACAUUUUCCGAUGUUUACCUCCAUCAUCCCACGAAAACACCGGCGUCGAAGCGACUGACCCAGAAGAAGAGGAGCCCUUUCUUGAGCCAUCAUGGCCACAUUUACAGCUAGUGUAUGAACUCCUAUUGAGAUAUGUUGUAUCCCAAGAUACUGACACUAAAAUCGCCAAACGUUACAUAGAUCAUUCUUUUGUAUUGAAGCUAUUGGAUUUGUUUGAUUCAGAAGAUCCUAGAGAAAGGGAGUAUUUGAAAACUAUACUUCAUAGGAUUUAUGGGAAGUUUAUGGUGCAUAGACCUUUUAUAAGGAAAGCCAUUAACAAUAUAUUCUAUCGUUUUAUCUAUGAAACAGAGAGACACAGUGGGAUAGGUGAGCUUUUGGAGAUUCUUGGAAGCAUCAUUAAUGGCUUUGCUCUGCCCAUGAAAGAGGAGCAUAAGUUGUUCCUCGUUCGAGCGUUGAUUCCUCUUCAUAAACCCAAACCAGUUGGUUUAUAUCAUCAACAAUUAUCAUAUUGCAUUACUCAAUUUGUUGAGAAAGAUUACAAAUUGGCAGAUACUGUAAUUAGGGGUUUGUUGAAGUAUUGGCCUGUUACUAAUUGCCAGAAAGAGGUUCUUUUUCUUGGGGAGUUAGAAGAAGUAUUGGAAGCAACACAGUGUGCUGAAUUUCAGCGAUGUAUGAUCCCUCUUUUUCGACAGAUUGCCCGUUGCCUAAAUAGUCCUCACUUUCAGGUAGCUGAACGAGCGCUUUUCUUUUGGAACAACGAGCAUAUAGUUAGUUUAAUCGCCCAAAACCGGAAUGUCAUACUGCCCAUUAUUUUCGAGGCGUUGGAGAAGAACAUUCAAAGUCAUUGGAACCAGGCUGUCCACGGCCUUACUGUCAAUGUCCGGAAAAUGUUCUUGGAGAUGGAUGUAGAGCUGUUCGAAGAUUGUCAGAGUCAAUACGAAGAAAAAGUAUCCCGAGCUAAAGACGUAGAAGAGCAGCGGUUGUUGACGUGGAAGAGACUAGCAGAAGUGGCGGGAGAAGACAUGGUAACGGCUUGAAUGAUUGAAUGUUGGCGAUUAAUCAAGAACCGAAAGGGCACCGGAUGGACUUUUCUUAUCUCCGUUUUGGUGGUAUUCUUUUUUUUUUUCUUUUAAUUUUCUUAUCUCAUAAUUUUUUGAUCCUUCAAUAUUUUUUCUCCGUGAAUUUCAUUUUAACCGAAGAAGACGUUAGGGAAAUCAGUGAUAAAAUGUAAUUUAUUUUGUAUCAAAAAAUUCCCCGAUUAAGAAUGAUAUUGCCCAAGUCUCUUCCUAAAAAUGUAUGUGUUGUUCAUUGUUAGAGUAAUACCCAAUUCAGAUUUAUUUUUUUGCUGAUUUAGGGUGAAUUUUGUACUUAAAAGUGGAAUCAAGGAUGUUCUUCAAUUGCUAGUUCAUCCGUUGAGUUUCUUAAUAUGUAAAAAUAAAUUUUAUGAACUCAAUACUUUUCCUUUUCUUUUGUUU